GCCGCAAACCUGAGAUUUCAGACUACAGUUAAUUGAGUCGUUACUCGUUCGCGCUGUUGUCCGUUGGCUCAAUUUCGACGUCUUGUACUAUCGAGUACUCGUCGACUCUUUUCGUGAUCGGAGCCGAAGACGCAACAUGUGCUUUUGGCAUUAUCGAUCGAGCAAUUAUUACGUCGUAAACAAUAGCUUUUUUUGAAAUAAUAAAAUCUACUUUAACCUCACCGAAGUAUCGAGCUUGAGUUUUUCUAAUAUACGCUCUCACAUAUUAUAUACGUUUAAUUUGUUGAAAAAUGGAACACAUUAAACACUCGCAGACCAACGGCUACUUGCCAAAUGGGCAUAAUAACAUAAAUAAUAUAGAAAAAGUUGCAGCAGGCAAAAAUAUGAGUCCUGAUUUAAAUGGUUGUGAUACAGGAGCUAUGUUUGUGAUGGAAGAUGAAGAUCAUCAAACGGUUUUACUAAGUACACUUAACAUGAUGCGGAAAAGUCGAACAUUUUGUGAUGUUAUACUAAAUGUGGGCAAUUGCGAGUUACAUGGUCACCGUGCUGUGUUGGCCAGCUCGAGUCGAUUUCUGAUGGAGAUGUUUAGCACUGAUGAUGAAGAAAAGAAAGGUUCACAACGAGAAGCAAUAACAACAUAUACACUGAAUGCCACUGGUCCACUCAGCGAUUGUUCUGCUGUUGAGAAGCUCAUCGAAUACACCUACACAUCUCGUCUGGAAGCAAAUGUUUAUCAAGUAAAAUCAAUAUUUCAAGCAGCCUGCUACUUAAAAAUGGACCGUAUUGCAAAAGAAUUAUCUCGCUUCAUGCUGAAAUACUUAAGUGUCGAUAAUUGUAUUGAAAUACGUUCACUUCCUUGUAUAUCAACAAACAUAUCUUUUAUUAACCAAGUGAACUCAUUUAUAUCAGCACAUAUGAAAGAAAUUGCUGAAACUUCAGCUUUCCUUUCAUUACCAUGCAUACAAAUCGAAAUUUUAAGCCAAACAAAACAAGAAAUGUCUUUGAGUACAGGUGAUUCUGUAUCUCAGUUAGUGUUAGAUUGGAUUAAACGUUGUUAUGAUGAGAAUGAACCAGCUACAUUCUUUAAUGGUCUUAUGGAAAAAACAUAUAUGUUAUACUUGGCGCUAGAUAACAUAUUGCAGGAUUGUUCGGAACUUCCAUCUGGAGAGUUAAGUGAUACUGAAAUUGUACAGGAUUAUAAAAAACUAUCCAAGAAAUCAACAUCUAUUCCUAAGAAUAGACGUAAAGGUCAAAUACAACCAGCUAAAUCAAGAGUUUUGAUAUGUAACCGUGAAAUGCAUGAACGAAGAGAAAGUUUUAUUGAUAGUGAUUGGACUAUACUUGGUGUUACUUGUGUUGGAGAACAUACUUUUUCUGCUUUGGGUUCACUAAAAGGUCAAUUAUGUUCUUUGAGCAUAAAAUUAAAACUUAAUAUAUCUAUGUUAUCAAAUCCACCUUCUACUCAACCAUCUCCAUUGCAUAGCCGAGCUGAAUCCCAAGAAUCAUUGCCUGAUCUAUAUUGUGCUUUAGCUCACAUGACAUCGGGGAAAUGUGCUAUUGGUUGUGCCAAUCUUAACAACAGUCUAUUAGUAUGUGGAGGUUAUGAUCGAAUUGAAUGUAUUAAGAACGUAGAGUCUUAUGAUCCCGAACAAAAUGUUUGGGAAACUUUUGAACCCAUGUGUGAAGCACGUGGGCGGUUUAAUAUAGCAGUAUUGAAUAACAAGGUAUAUGCAGUUGGAGGAUGCAAUGGAACAACUGAAUUAUCUACAGUUGAAUGUUACGACAUGAUUAAAAAAAAGUGGAUUCCUGUGACUUCUUUACCGCUUGCUCGAUCAAACACUGGUGUUUGUGAACUAAAUGGUAAAAUAUAUUGCAUUGGUGGAUGGAACGGUCAAGUUGGAAUUAAACAAAGUGAUGUCUAUGAUCCAAACACAAAUAAAUGGACUAGUAUUGCUCCAUUGCAAACAGGAAGAAACCAAGCAGGUGUAUGUGCAAUGAAUGGUAAAGUGUAUGUUGUGGGUGGUUGUGAUACUUGGAAUUGUUUAAAUACUGUUGAGUGUUAUGAUCCUGAUACAAAUUCUUGGUCAUUUAUUAAGCCUAUUAUUACACCUCGACGUGGUUGUGGACUUGCGCAUAUCAAAGGAAAAUUAUAUGUUGUGGGUGGUUCUGACGGAACUCAAUCACUAGAUACAACUGAAAUAUAUGAUCCAAAUGAAAAAAUGUGGAGUCCAGGUCCGAACAUGACUACACCUCGUGCAAAUGUAGGAGUUGCUGUGGUUGGGAAUAGACUGUAUGCUGUUGGGGGAUUUUCCGGUAAAAAAUUCUUAAAUAGUAUUGAAUUUUUGGAUGAAUCUAUGGAUGAAUGGACCCGAUUUAGUCCAAGAAAUAAUUGUUCGAAAUCAGCAUCUCCACUACCAACAACUGAUACAGUCUGUACUUUUAAUGAUUGUGAAUUAUUAAAUGGUGUCUCAGAGUAAAAAAAAAAGAAAAUCAUCUUUUUUA